AUGUCCAAACCCGUCGCUAUCAUUACCGGCGCCGCAUCAGGCAUCGGCCUCGCUCUGACGCGCCACCUCCUGGCCAAAGGCUGGAAGGUUGCGAUGGCCGACAUCAACGCCCAACAGGGCGCCGCCGUCGCGGCCGAGCUGGGCGAUUCCGUCCUCUUCAUCCCCACCAACGUCGCCGUCUAUUCCCAGCAGGUCCAGCUCUUCUCGCGCGCCUUUGCGUGGGGUGGCAACCGCCUGGACUUCUUCGCCGCUAACGCCGGCAUCGCCGGGACCUCCGACUACUACAGGUCGAACGAGGAGCUAGACGCCGACGGGCUGUUGCAAGAGCUGGGUGUGACGACGUUGCGGGUUAACCUGGAUGCGGUGGUGCAGGGGGUGUGGCUCUUCAAGCAUUACGCGCGACGCAACGAAGGGGCGAAGGGCGGGAAGGUGGUUAUCACUUCGUCGAUGGCGGGCUUAUAUCCGAUGGAAUCCGAUCCGCUAUACACGGCAACCAAGCACGCCCUCGUCGGCUUCACCCGCGCCACUGGGCCGGUUCUCCAGCGUGAGAACAUCACCGUCAACUGUUUCUGUCCCGCCUUCGUAGUGACCAGCCUGGCGCCCAAGGAAGUGCUGGACAACUUCCCCAAGGAACACAUCACCCCGAUGAGCACCGUCCUCCGAGCCUACGACAUGUUUCUGGAAGACCCGAAGCUCUCGGGGAAGGUGGUCGAGACGAGUCUGGAUCAGGUGUAUUUCCAAGAGCCCCCCGAUUUUUCAAAUGAGUCCAAUCGAUGGCUGUCGACUGCUACAAAGGAACUCUGGCCAUAG